AUGGACCCCAGACACGCGGAGCCACUGCGUCAGGAUCCCUGGCAGUGCGACCUGCUGGUGAAUAAACUUCAAAUCCAGGCCACUGAGGUCCGCUUCAAGCAUGAGACCGACUUUGUGAAAGCCAGGCUUCUGCAGCCCUACCGGGAUUGCACCACCUGCUUGCGAGAGCUCCCGCGGCCAGACACCAAGCUCAAAGAGACGGUAAGCCGGACACUGCUUUGGCAGGUGAAGGAGGAAGAGCUGCACAUCAAGGCUGGCUUUGGAACAGUGGAGCAGAUCGUCAACAUGAACCUGGAGAACAUGGCCAAGGUCCUGGAGCUUUACGAGCCCUUCAAGUUCUUGUUGAUUGAGGAAGAGCGCACCACAAGCUUCUUCGAGGAUCAAUCCAAUACGCGGGAGACCUUUGCCGCAUAUCUUCAUCACCUGAGGGACACGAUCCGCCAGCUGCGAGAGCAGUGUCCCAACAUCCUGCAGAUGCAGCUCAUGCGAGUCGAUGCCACCGAGGUGAACCAAAAGCUGGAGCAAUGCGCGGAAGAUUGCAUCGCCAAGUUGUUGAAGUCCUUAGCCUUGAGAAACCAGGAUCGCUCUGCACGCCUUGUGAAGCAGUUUGAACACCUCAAUGGGCGCAUCAUGCGCCAGCCCGAGAACGAGGAACAGUUGGUGGAGCUGGAACUGGCUGUGGAAGAGGCGAAGGCCAAGACUUUGCCCAACCUGUUGGAGGAGUACGAGGACAUCAAAGCAUGGCUGUUCCUCACAUGGGAUGAGGACCAUUUGCUGGUGGAAGAGGACUACAAUGCCAUUUGGGCUGCUUCCCAGUGGAAGACGUACGGCGACAGCAUCGCCGAGCGCGAGCGUGAUCUGGAAAUGGAUCGCAUGAGCAUCGAGGGUAAGUUGAUCUCCAGAAGAACGGAUGUGACCGAGGAGUUGACCAACCUCAUGAACAGUGUGAACAAGUUCAAAGACAAAGGUCAAGUGCGUUACCUUGAGGAAUAUUUGGAUGACCUCAGCAGUAUCAAAAAGAAUUUGGCAUCACUCCAGGCGCGGUGUGAGCGAAUCCAGUACGAGGAGGAGCUGGUGGGUUGGGAACCUGGUGAGUUUGAGCUCAACGAGGCCCAUAGCGCGGUGGAGCCCUAUGACAAGCUAUGGACUUUGGUCUAUGAGCACCAGAAGGCGAGCCAGCGCUGGACACGAAGCCCCCUCUUCUCGGGCGAGCUGAAGCCAGAGACCGCGGAAUCCGGCGGAUUCGGACGUGGGGUGUGCCGGCGAUGGGGCGAGGGAAGGGAAGUGGUUCGAAAGGCGAGGUGGCGGCUGUCCUUUAAGCUCAAAGCCACCUUUGAACAGGACAAGCUCACCAAGCCAGCCAAGGUGGCGGAAAAGGUGAAGAAUGACUUGGAUGCCUUCAAGGAGAACGUACCCCUCUUGCAUGCGCUGUGCAACCCCGGGCUUCGGGAGCGACAUUGGACAGAGAUCUCCAAUGUCAUAUGCUUUGAGAUGGGGCCGGAUCCCACACUGACCCUCAACAAGGCCUUGGAUCGAGAUAUUGGCGCCUAUGUGCAGAAGAUUUCCGAGAUCUCUGAGAGCGCGGCCAAGGAGUAUCAGAUCGAGAGUGGCUUAGAUGGGAUGAUCAAAGAAUGGGAACCGGUCAUCAUGGAGUUCAAGGAUUGGGGCACCACUGGAACCUACAUUGUGGCAGGCGCUUCCAUUGAUGAGGUCCAGACCUUGCUGGACGAUCAUGUCAUCAAGACUCAGACCAUGAAGGGCUCGCCCUAUGCGGCAGAGUUUAAGGAGCGAUUAGAGGACUGGGAGAAGUACCUGACAGGCGUCCAGGACAUCGUGGAUGUAUGGUUGAAGGUGCAGGGCGUUUGGCUCUACCUGGAGCCAAUCUUCUCCUCAGAGGACAUCAUGCAGCAGAUGCCCACCGAGGGUCGCCUCUUCCGCGAGGUCGACGGCACCUGGCGUCAGAUCAUGGGCUCCUGUGUGGCGGCGCCCAAGGCUUUGGAGGUCUUCAGACAAGAUAGCUUCCUGGAGAACCUCCAGGCUGCCAACGACAAGCUGGAAACCGUGCAGAAGGGACUGAAUGAUUACCUCGAGACCAAGAGGCUUUUCUUCCCUCGUUUCUUCUUCCUGUCCAACGACAACUUGCUGGAGAUUUUGAGCGAGACGAAGGAUCCCAAGCGUGUGAAUGCGCAUGUGAAGAAGUGCUUCGAAGGCAUGCAGAGCCUCCAAUUCGAGGAGAACCUCAACAUCUCCGGCAUGGUGUCACCCGAGAAGGAAGUGGUUCCCAUGACCACCUAUGUCGACCCGGUGGCUGCGAAUGGAGCGGUGGAGAAGUGGCUGGUACAAGUGGAAGAUGCCAUGUUGGAGUCCAUCCGCGAUCAGUCUUUUCAGUCCCGCGAUGACUACGUCAACACGAGCUUUGUGGACUGGGUUCAGAAGUGGCCAGGGCAAGUGGUCAUUGGCAUUUUCAACUUGUUCUGGACCGCCGAGGUGAAUCAGGCGUUGACGGAGCACGGCAACGCCGGGCUGGUGGAGUAUGCCACCAAGUUGGACAAUACGUUGACGGAGAUCGUGAAUUUGGUGCGGCGCGAGAUCCCCAAGCUGGUGCGAUGUACGUUGGAAGCGCUCAUCGUGAUCUUUGUCCACAACAAGGACACCAUCGUGGAAUUACGAGAUCGUGGCACCUGCGAGGUCUCCGAUUUCGAUUGGUUGGUGCAGCUGCGAUACUUCAUUGAGGAGAAUCCCGAGAAGCCAGGCCAAGAGGACAUUUUUGUGCGCAUCACCAAUAGCCACUUGGGCUAUGCCUACGAAUACCUGGGCAACUGUGGGAGACUGGUCGUCACCCCUCUCACGGACCGCUGCUACCGCACCUGCUGCGGUGCCCUGCAUUUGCUCUACGGCGCGGCGCCCGAAGGCCCCGCUGGCACCGGCAAGACGGAGACGGUGAAGGACUUGGCCAAGGCUUUGGCACGCUUUUGUGUGGUCUUCAACUGCAGUGAUGAACUGGAUGUGAAUGCCAUGGCCCGGGCCUCAUGGAGCGGUGCCUUUCUCCUUUUCUCCAGCGACGGCAAGAGACGCAGAGGCCAAGUUCUUCAAAGGCCUGGCAUCCUCAGGCGCCCGAGACCUCGUCGCGGUCGCUCCGAGAAGAAACAGAAGAUUCCCCGGACGCCCCCUUGUGAAUGGAAUCGGAUGGAUAUGUAA